AUGGCCGACGCGCCAGAUUCGAUCUCCGUUACCCAAUUCAUCUUGGGCGAGGAGUACGGCCGGUUUCCAGUGAAGAAGUCUCGGCCGCCCCAGAUUUGCGGUGUUACGGGCUUUUCAUACAGUGCAUCUCAGGUACGAGAUCGAGUCGAACAUUUGGCUCGAGCGAUGGCAAGAGACCUUGGUUGCAGUUCGCGCGAAGGAAAGGACGAAGAGAGAGUCGUCGCAAUCUUCUCACUGAACAGUAUUGAUUAUCAGACGCUGUCUUGGGCAGUCCAUCGCAUGGACGGCGUUGUGACACCCGCAAACGCCCUGUAUUCUGUGUCUGAACUGACAUACCAGCUCAAACACUCUGGUGCCAAAUGUCCUUUUGCCUCUGCGCCGCAGCUAGAAACAGCAUUACAAGCGGCCUCGAAACCUGGAAUUUCCAGAAAACGAGUAUAUCUUCUCGAGCUUCCAGUGGAAAUCACGGGGAAAGUGGCCGUACCAUCCGAUAUCAAAACGUUAAAUCAACUCAUUCAGGAUGGCUCAGCCAUGGUUGAACUGGAACCUCAAAACUGGAGCAAGGGCCAAGGCAAACGCCAGGUCGCAUAUCUCUGCUAUUCCAGUGGAACGAGUGGUUUGCCAAAAGGUGUCAUGAUAUCACAUUAUAACAUCAUCUUCAAUACAUUACAGCUUGAUGCGGUUGAAAAGCUCCUUCGACAGGGACAGUCUCUACACCAAACGGAGACAAUAUUAGGGCUGCUUCCGCAGAUCUGUCAUGCCGCUGCGUAUCGCGGAGAUGCAGUCAUUACCUUUCCAAGGUACAGUCUUCAGCAGCUUCUGUCCUCGGUGCAAAGAUGGAAGAUCAAUGUGCUGGUCCUCGUCCCUCCAAUCAUCAUUGAAAUGUGCAACAACUCGUCGUUGUUGGCUAAAUAUGAUCUGAGAUCCGUCACGAGACUCGUUACCGGCGGUGCUCCCUUGCGGGAAGAAAAUGCCAAAGCUUUGUCUCAGGAUCAGCCAGCUUGGAAAAUCUCUAUCACAGAGACUACCGGUGUGGUCUCUUACACCGGCGCCGACGACAUUUGGAACGGGUCGUGUGGCCCACUUCUUCCAUAUACGGAAGCACGUCUCGUGACGCCCGAAGGUCUCGAUGUUUCGUCUCAUGACCGGCUUGGAGAGUUAUGGCUCCGGUCACCUAGCAUCGCAAUGGGCUAUAAAAACAAUCCAGCAGAGACAUCGAAGACUUUCGGCGACGAUGGAUGGAUGCGGACCGGUGACGAAGCUAUUGUUAAACGAUCACCCUAA